AUGGCGGAGAGGUCUCAUGGAAACAGCAACUCCCAAGGAGGCCAAGAAAAGAGCAGGAGAGAGAUCCUGAGGUCCACCAAGAGGGCCUGGGCUCCCCUAGAUGAGCAGCUGCCUCCUGUCUCUGAAGAGGAAAGUCAGAAUGUCACCAUCCCCAUGCUGGAGGAUUCGAAACAAGCAAGUAUUCAGCAGUGGCUGGACUCUGGAUUCUUGGUCUCUGUAGAUGAAAACUUUCAUCAAGUCAUCGACCACACUGUUUCUUUGCAUGAACAAGGAAUGGUGCACAUGACAGUGAAGGACUACAUGAGAUCUCUGCAUCUGUUUUCAGAAACUCUUACCCUUUCCAGAGGGACCAGUUUCAACUCUUGCCAUUCUGCUGCAAGUAUACCACAAAGCAUUCCUGAAUGGCUGGAAUUUUGGGAAGAAGAUCCAGUGGAGAUUCUCUUGGAUCUGGGGUUUGGUACAGAUGAGCCAGACAUCUGUACACAAAUCCCAGCCAGAUUCCUGGGCUGUGGCUCAGCCGCCAGAGGAAUCAACAUCCGGGUUUUUCUUGAAGCUCAAAAGCAGCGAAUGGACAUUGAGAACCCUGACUUAUACGGUCGUUUCAGACAGCUGGAGAUCCUGGACCACGUAGCCAAUGCCUUCUCAUCUUUGAUGAAUAAUGUUAACAUCCUGCCAAACAAAGCUGAAGAGGAAGAUAGAGGGGAAAAUGUGCAAAGAACCUCAGUGAAUGAAGCCAAAGAACAUCAAAGAAAAAUGGGUGAACUUUUCAAGAGAGCUUCAAAGCAGAGCAUUAGGAGAGACUGCAGCCCAAAAGCAUCAGAGUCAUUGAAGAUGAGGGGCAAGUUUUUCAUCACCUCUGCAAAAUCAGGAGAGUGUGGAGCAGAGUUACCAGUUGUGACAAACAACCAUGACCAAAGUCAUUUGUCUCCUUCGGCAGAGCACUCAUCUCUCCAAGCCUGUGAUGAUUUGGUACCUUGUCAUUCUCCCCGAGGUCUUCCGAGCAAGCAAUGGUCUUGCUCAUCCACACUGGCCAAGAGGGCUCCUCUUUCCUGUAUGUCUGAGAGGUCAGUCAAGGAUAGAACUCAAAAGGUGAACUCUACUCAAACUAGCAAGCACAAGAGCUUGUCUUGUGUCGCAAGUGAAGCACCAGACUCCUUUGAAAUGGAAGAGGUCCAGAGCUUUGAGGAAGAGACUGGUGAUCCUUUUGACAUGAUGUCGGGAAUUACAGGUGCCACAGUGAACAGAGACGACAGCUGCCAGUCUGACAGCAGCGGGUUCCUGGAUGACCCCCUGGAGCCGCUGUCCCUGCAGAUGCCUUCCUUGCCAAGCAGCCAGAGUCCUGCUGAGAAUGGAUGUAGAAAGCCAAGGGAUCAGAGCCAGUGCCUAGUGCCGCCCCAGGACUGCCAGCAGGAGUCAGAUGGCUCUGAUUCCAAGAGUAUGGUGAGCACAGCCUUCUCAAAUCAAGACUGGAGUAUCAUGGAGGAAAAGGCCUCAACAUCUACGGUGGAGAAAGAGUCUCCGUUUGAGGAUACAGAGAAGCCACCAGAGCCAUUGACCCCAGAUAUGGCCUUUGCCGAGCCCGCCAGAGGAGAACAGCCAAGGAAAGACAGCCAUCUGAGGCAGCAUCUGCCCACGCCCCGAAUGGAAGAUGAGGCCAUGGUGGGCACAGCUAUCUCCAGAUGUGACUGCCCUCUGGGGUUUAGGGUGCCCCACAUCACAGAAGUCAAGGAUGGGUUACUGAAGCUUGAGGGAGCUGGGGAAACCUACAUGCGAACCCACCACUGCAAGUCCCAAAGAUCACCUGGAGUUGAUCCUGCUCAUGACAAGCUCCUUCAUGUAGACUCUGAGGCUGCAAGAGGAGCAGAAAACAACAAAAUCUAUCCGGACACCAACAAUACCUCACUGACAGGAGAAAGCCCACCACAGCAUGUCCCCAAGCCCAGUAAUGUCAUGUCCUAUACAGUUGACCUUAUCCAAACAUCCGAAAAGCUCAUUCCCCACCUAGAUAAACCCACUGGAGAUACUCCCCACACAAAGCCAGUAUGUAGUGCUUUGGGUCACAUACCACAUAGAGCAGAACCUGAGAUGGAGAAGUUUCCUCUAAAUGCUGACUCAAACACUGUUGGUUCCAAGCCUGUGACAAUCCAGAUGUCCUCCAAUCUGGCAUCAGCUGCUCAGAAUGCUGUGGCUUUGGGGACUGGUUGUAAAAGAACAACUUUAGAAUGCACUGUGCGUGACCCUGCUCCCACAACAGAACCAGGACUGGAGACAAAAUUGAGACAGUGCUGUGAUGUUUCUGUUCAGACCAAUAUAAGUGAGCCUAGGCCCUGGCAUUGCUGUUCAGCUCCAAGUACCAAGGCCCAGCGCCUCACCAAAUCCGUCUCUCUAGACACAGGCUUCCCUCGUAUCUACCCAGCGGGCAUCUGCCAUGCUGUAUCCACCCACUGCUGUGUGUGCUGUCAUCACCAUCCCCACUGCCACUCAGAGAGGCAGAGCCCUGGCCCUGUGCCCUCAGCCUGUAGGCACUGCUCAUGCUCACAUCAUCAUCUGGAAGCCCAGUUUGUGAAGACUUUGAACGUCCUUCAGGACACUACAGUGAAGGAGCUGUGUUCUUGCACAGUCCACGAGAUGGAAGUGAUGAAGAUGGUGUGCCGGAGUUUCCGGGAGCAUCUGGAGGAAAUUGAACAGCACCUUACAGGACAGCAGGCACUCUUUUGCAGGGACAUGUCAGAGGAGGAAAGGGAGGAGGCCGAACAGCUGCAGACUCUCCGCUGGGCCCUGCGGCAGCAGAUAGAAGAGCUGGAGUUUCAUUUAGGAGACCGGGCUCAGCAAAUCAAAGACGAGAUUCUAUUGCAGCUUGAGCUUCUCACAGAGGAACAACCUGAACACUAUCCAAACCUGCAUGACUGUAACUGGGCGGAAGAAAAGAAUGGCUAGACUUCAGGUGAUAAAGUCCACUCAGCCAUGGUGCCGGGGGUUGCCUUUCCUCCCCACGAUGGCCAGCAGGCUCCCAGCUCAAGGGUGACCCAUUUGGCUGCCUUCUCUCCACCCACCUUGGAGAGCAGCACCAGGAUGUCUCCUCCAGCUGAGGCAGAGUCAGGCCCAGCCCCUUUGUCAAAUUGUCCUAUUGGAGAAAUGGGUAUGAACGUCUUCCUCUAA